AUGGCCUACCCUUACCACUCACAUACAUCACUGCCAUUGAGCGAUGGGACAGGCAUGGGAAUGCCCCCGACUGGAUACCUACCUAACUACGGAGUCCCGGUUCAAGGCCACGCGGCUUCGGCGUCCGUGGAUACGCCGCCCUCCCACGAGACAUCUUCGCUGAAAGAUCGAAGAGAUUCCUCGUCACAGGCGAGCAAGGAGCUCAAGCGCUCUGUGUCCUCACCAAACGUCAGACCCCACCCCAGUAAUGCCUCGGAUCAUCAUCAAAUUGGCUUACCAGGGGAUAAGAAGAAGAAUAAACUAGGCUAUCACCGUACAUCAGUUGCUUGUGGACAUUGCCGGCGACGCAAGAUCCGGUGCAUCCCCUCCAACUCGGAUGCGCAGGGCCGAUGCGUUAACUGCAUCCGCCUAAAGAAGGAGUGUAGCUUCUACCCUGUCGACCAACCACCGCCUUCGGAUGCACGUCCCAAAGCCCCGUCACGGGCUUCCACCGCCGGCUCCAAGGUCACUUCGUCUUCGUCAUCUCCUGCCCUUCCUACUCAGCCGUAUCCAGGGCCCGCGGCGACUUCGAACCCCCAAUUGGCUACUCACAAUACCCUGGUGGUCAAGCCGCCCGGGGCAGGAGUCGAGUCGCCCAGGGAUGCUAUCGUGCCCUCAAACGUUUCCUCUGCUUCUGGAGCGUUCGACUUCGCUGCGCAAUCCAUGGCAGGUUGGGUAUCCCAGGAUGCUAGUCCAAACUCAGCUCCGAAAGCUUUGGACAUGGGCGCCUCAUGGAUCUCGCCGUACACGGCACAGACGCCGCAAGCGUCCGCAGGCUGGAACGGGGCUCUCCAUCAUGCCGGCCCCGGGAAUGCACCGCGCGAAGAUAUGACGACCUGGUCUUCGUAUGCGCCCGCUCCUGCUCCUCCGCGAUCCAUGACCUUCGGCAAUGACGGCCACGGCCCGCAACAGUACGGUAUGGUGUCCCAACACGCACAUCAGAUGCCAGCCACCAUGGCCCCUGGCGCGUAUGCUACGCAUAUUUCCACCUCUUUGCCAGCCUCCACCGCGACGAGCCACAUAGACCAUGGAGCGUCCCUGUCGGCUGGCGCAAUUCCACACACUGGUCAAUUCGGCGCCUGGCCACAGCCACAACCACAACCACAGCCACAGCAAGCGCUCGGUUACGCUAGGUCAGGCGACGACUAUGCUCAAUGGGGCUACGGAGCCGAUGAUGGCUCGGCGGGAACCCCCGGUGAUGAAAAGCGGCUGCACUCCGAAGUCAUAGUAUGCCCGAACCACAAGGGACCGACUGGCGUCAGUUAA